CUUCUAAAGACGGGGGGAGCUAUCGCUUGGGGAAGGGACAAAAAAAUACGGAAGGGGAAAGUUGUGAAAGUGACUUGUGUGAGACAGACGAGACGUCAAAGCAGGCGCUUGAAGAGGGACAAACUAGAUCCCCGCUACCUGUGAUAUCGUGAGAGUGAGAGAGUACCGUCUCAGAACAGAUUGUCAUAGAUCUAGUUGCUAAGUUAAUCUACUUGUGGUGAUAGCAUUCUUUAUUCCAGACAUUUGAAGUUACUUUAUAGAUGAGAGUUUGUGGAUAUAUCUAGCUUCAGUUACAUUGGAGCUUAUUCAAAUAGCUAUGGGACUCUAAGCAACAAUUGUUCUUUUGGUUCUUCAUUAAACGAACUGUACUUACGCUUGGAUUAAUUUAGGACAGAACAGUUUGAAACUCUCAUUUCGGGUAGAUUUUUUAAAGUGAAAACGUGAUUUCAACCAGUGAAUUUUCAUUAAUCAGAUCAUCAGAAGCUGAUAUAUAUAUUCACUAAUGUAUUAGACACACGUCCUUGGUUUAUCAGCAACUUUCUGUUCACUUCUUCAACUAUGAAGCUGCACAUUGUCUUAGUCUUGGCUGCUUUGGGCUCUCAGAUGCUUCCAGUCGAGUCGCAAAGCAGAAAGAGCAUCACUUUCAACUUGGAGGAAGAGAAGGAGGUUGGCACGCUCGUUGGUAACGUAGCAGACGAGAGCGGGCUUAGGAACGAGGUGACACAGGACGUCUUUGACCGGUUCAAGUAUCAAAUUUUGAGCUCGGAUGGCAUCAGAGUAACGUCCCUUCUGAGCAUAAACAACAAAACGGGGGCUCUGAACACGAUCGCCCGAAUCGACAGGGAAAAAGUGUGUGACUCGUCUGCUCCGACUUGCGCUUUGACGUUCGACGUUACCGUCCAGCAGGAAGUGUCCAUCUACAAGUUCAUCAGCGUCACAGUGGUGAUCGAGGACAUCAACGACAACGCCCCGAGCUUCCCAUCACCCCAGCUCUCUCUGAGUAUGUCUGAAGCCGAGCAGAUAGGAAGCGAGUUGACCAUUCCGCCGGCUACUGACAAGGACGUUGGUGUCAACGCCAACCUUUCGUACUGGAUGGACAAAAGCAAUGUCUUUGAGCUAAAGGUAGAGAAACUCGUGGACGCUUCGUCCCUGAAGCUAAUCCUUCAGCAGAACCUUGACAGGGAGACUCAAUCCACGUACAAUUUAGUCAUCUAUGCCAAAGACGGAACCACCAGCUCUGCUUUAACGGGCACUCUUUCAGUUAUGGUAAGCGUAUUGGACGUCAAUGACAAUAGUCCAAUCUUUAUCCAACCUUUGUUCAAUUUUUCUAUUUGGGAGACCACUACAGUCGCAAGCGUAGUCGGAUCAAUAAACGCAACAGAUUCUGAUGCUGGAGAAAACGGUCGGGUCUCUUACCAAUUUAGCUCUCUGACUUCGAGUAAAGUUCUGCAGAUGUUCGCCCUGAAUGCCGACACUGGCGCCGUCAGUGUUAAAUCGGACCUUAUGUAUGAGACGAUGAAGUUCCAAGCUGUGGUUGAAGCCAGAGACCACGGAGCAUCGCCCAGAUCUUCUCAAGCAAUGCUGGUUAUCAAUGUGCUAGAUGUCGGGAAUAAGCCUCCAAAGCUUUCUCUUACACUAGCUGAGACUUUAGUAAAUGGCAGUCUCUUACUGCCGGAAGACAUCCCCAUAGGAUCUUUCGUAGGGACUUUGAAAUAUGUAGACAAUGAUGAAGGCAAUAACGGGGAUGUGGCUUGCACAUCUAUGAACCCACAGUUUCUAUUGCAGGUAAUCGAGGAUCAUGGUUACGCCAUCGAAGUCAGAAGCCAGCUGGACAGGGAGAGCCAGCCCGAGAUAAACGUGGUUCUCAAAUGCUCAGAUCGAGGCUCGCCCAUCUUGUCCGCGUUUGUCAAUCUCACUGUUAGGUUGAAGGAUGUGAAUGACAACAGUCCGCAGUUUACUGACACUUCCAGCAAGGUCAAAAUAGCAGAGAACAUUCCAAAGAGGGCAAAUCUGAUCAGGGUCUCCGCCAAUGACGCGGACGAGGGUGUAAAUAAGGACUUCUUUUACCAGCUCGCUGUAAACUCGAGCAACGCUUUCUCUGUCGAUCCAUCAUCUGGAUGGGUAUCGACCAUAGCUCCACUGGAUAGAGAAAUGACGCCAGUUAUUUUUCUGACAGUUUUGGCCAUCGAUCGUGGGGUUCCACCCCUUACUGGAAGUACUACAGUGACCGUUUUUGUUGACGACGUCAAUGAUAACACGCCGUCUAUCACCAGGACAGAGUAUCAACUUAAAGAGAACGAACCCCAAGGCUCUUUCGUAGGACAAAUUAUGGCUGAAGAUGACGAUGAUGGUCUUAAUGCUCAGUACACUUUUAGCCUCGUUUCCGAUCCGUCCAGCAGUUUCUUGGUGUCCGAGUCCGGCGUUAUAUCCACUACAAAAUCAUUUGACAGAGAAGAAGUUGACCAGUACACGAUACUCGUUUCUGUUAAAGACGGAGGCAGUCCGUCUCUCAGCAGCACCUCCACCUUGACCAUAGCCAUAACGGACGAUAAUGACCAUUCCCCUUAUAUCCUAUACCCUACCCCUACGAACGACUCCAUCAACAUCAGCGCCAACCUUUCCCCAGGAAGCGUCAUUGCUAGAGUCGUUGCAUCAGACGCUGACUUGGACAAUAACGCUAAGCUGCUCUACAUCAUCGCCGAAGGAAACCCCAACAACCUUUUCAGCAUUGACAACGCAACGGGCACAAUCUUCGUGGCCAAGAGGCUCUCCCAGAACCGAGGCAGUGAGUUGAGGCUGACCAUCUCUGUCCAAGACGGAGGCAAUCCUCGUCUUAACAAUGAAACCUCUCUUCACAUCAGUAUAGACUUCUCCAACGCCACUCUGCUCAGCGAUGCAGCGGUCAUGGAUCAGAAGUAUGUCAUCAUCGCGGGCAUCAUUGCUGGAAUCACAGUCAUCAUCACCAUCAUAAUCGUCACCAUCAUUAUAAUUCUCAAACGCACGGAUCUCGGCAGAUGUUCAGAGCCUAAUCUAAAAGCCAAAGAUCCUAACCACAGACAUUGCCCUCUUCCCAAAGACGCUACGGAAGUCGGCCUUCAUAGUAUUCCCAAUUACUUAAUUGGAUCCUCGGACAAAGAGACGGGGUUUGGAGACGGGAACGUCAAAUCACGUGACCCGAACAUGUCCUUCGAGAGCUUUAAGACGACCGGAAGUGGAAACACAUUCAAACAGGCUCCCACAAUGUUGACCAAAGAUAUUCUGGAUACAGCCAGUUUCACCUUGUAUUCUGAGACAAGGAAAAGAGCAGCCAGCGAUGAUCAUCACAGCGAUUCAUCAGGUGAUGUCACUACCAGUGACAGUGGGAAAGGUGCUAGUGAUGUGGAAGAGGUCUCACAAGGAGGAACCCCACCUAUCAAUAACUACAGCAAUGGGAACUUGGCUCCGAACCUUUUGGCUCCUCGCGUGCCUCCUAGGGAACCUGUGACUGCUGGGGCCCUUCCCCUAACGCAGCGAUCAACGUUUGGUCUUAUGCAAACACGUGACUACAGCAGCCUGGGAGAUCUGACUCGCUCGGACCGUGUCUACGUGGCUCAGAACGACUUAGACAAGUCUAGAAAGAUAGCCAACAAAGUCCGAUUUACAUUGGACGACGAGCACCAAGGCUCUAAACCAUCUCACGCUUUUGCCGACCUGCACAGAAAUAUUCCGGUGAACCAGCCUGGCUAUGGCACCCCCUACAUGAUGAACAUUGGACCCAAAAGUGACAACGUCUCGGGGCUGACCCACAUUCCUCCCACAGCGCAUCAGAACGGGAGGAUCCACGGGCAGCCUCGCUACGACCUGCGCGAUCGUGCUAACAAAUCAGCCAUUUCAGUCCCCUUGAGCAGAGACGCCAUAGCCAGACACGACCGUCUUCAGAAUCAACCGCUGAAGCAGCAUUCACUCUUGUCGCCUAAUGGAUACCCUCCAAUGCAUCAGCAGCAGCCACACCAGCAGUAUUCACACAGACACCUGCCACUGGCUGCGCUCAACCACAGCAUUGAUGAGGAUGAUGACGAUGGCUCCACCACAACGUCUGGCAGUUACGCGAUAGAUCAUGUCGAUGAAAACCUCAGCAACUCAGUGGAAUGUUAGAACUUACAUUUGGAGUGGCAGAACUUACAUUUGGAGUGUUAGAACUUCAUGACUUAAGCUGCUUCAGAGUUUUAGCUUUCAUAAUUCGCUCGCAAUCCAGUGACGGUCACAGCGUCCAACUUCACGGCAUCCAAGGAAAAUAAUAGUUCACUAUGUGCCAUUGACGUUGGGUGACAAUUUUAAAUGCUUUGAAUAUGUUCUAACCGUUUCAGGGGGUGUAACCUGCCAUCGUAAACUCAUAUGUGCAUUAUGUAUGCGGGAGGAAAUCUCUGAAGAUGAUAGUUCAAGAAUUAAGCACAAAAAGUGUUGUUUGUCCCUUAUGUGAGUCACUGGACAAGUCCUAGCAGUAUUACUGGACGAUGCCUAGCCAUAUCACUGGACAAGACCUAGCACUAUCCCUGGUAUGUCAUGGUUACUUAUGUAACUGGACAAGGACUAACAGUGCUUCUGGCCGAUACCUAGCAAUGUCUUUAGACAAAAUUGCGCUAUUAAGGAAACACAAAUCAUUUAACAUACAAUCACAAGGCCAAGUUCAAUGGUAAAAGACAAAUAGAAAUUGACUGUAGACAAUUUUUUUCUAUAGUGGUUCAUUUAACUAACAGUGAUCAAUUAUUUUAAUUUUAAUAAAGUGUCGAAACCUACAAAGUAUUUAUUAUAUUUCCUUUAGACACACAUUCUGAACUAUUUUAUUUACUUUUCAUUGUCACUCCCACACCAUGUGACAUUUGCAGCACUGAAGAAAUUUAAACUGUAUUGCUUUAGAAUGAGAAUCAAAUAUCCAAAGUUCACAACCCAAACCCCAACUCAUCAUGACUUUUUAUUUUUUUUUUUUUUUUUUGGAAAGAAUGUUUUAAUAGGAGCAAUUUUAAGACUUAGGGGUCCAAAACUUACCCAAAAAUACUUGAACUUGUCUUUGGCUGUACUUUGUCUACUAGUUUUCAGUUGAACUGAUUAAACAGUUGUAAGAUUUGACUAAAUGAAUGACUGUAUGUGACAAGACGAUAAGAAGAUUAUGUGAUGUGUCUCAUAGUUAAUCAAAGGUAAAUGCAAGUAUUAUAACCGUGUACGGUCUGAAUACGUGGUUUCCUUUCUUCUACACCGAUUUAAUAAAAAUACUUUUUUUUUAAAUACAUGGUUAAGUGUUGAAGAGAGGAUUCAUCCUAUUCGCACAUCGGCUUUGUCUGCGUCAGAUGCGACAUAAUAUGCAGGUCGCAGCAGGGUCUGACACAGUCAUAUGAAAUACUACGCACGAGACAUUCGCCUUAUUUUGCUAUUAGUAUCACCGAGUUGAAGUGAACAGCGAAUUGAUUUUUCGGUGUUCAAAUAGUAAGACUUUUUAUUUUGUCUCACGUAAUUAUAUCAACCAAUCUAGAUGAAUCUUGAUGAUGUCAUCGCAAGAUAAAAUCAUACAUCACGUGUUCUAAAUAUGCCAGAUUUCUAGUGUUCCGUGGGCGCGUAUAAAUGAAUUAUGGUUUGAGUGUUAUUGAUAUGUGCUGAUGUUCGAAGAUAAACGUGAUUGUGAAGAAGAUAAGAUUAAUUCUAUACGCGAUUGGAGUGUUCUUAUUUUUAGUUUGAGUCAAAGUAACCCGCUAUAUUAUUGAUGCCAUGUUCAAUGUACACAGCUAUCCAAUUAUUUGAUAUAUUUGACUUUAAACUAAACUGUUAAGCUGUAUACUAAACUAUUAAAAAUUGUUAACUUGAGUUUAACAAAUGAGAUCUAUUUUUGUAUAUUGUUAGAUCAAGAAACAAAUGUUGUGCUAUACUAUUGCUAAUGUUAAAGAAAUAAUUUCAUGCUUGUCCUUGCCUUAACAAUGUUUAAUUUAUUCUCAAUAAUAAAUUGAAAUAUUUCUUUUACAAUAUUAUGAAUGCGUUGUCGAAUGUGUCUGCCUGUGUUGCAAUGAAGUCUGUAGCCUAUGUGCUUGGGGGAAAGAUCUGACUGGUUUAUUUAUAUUUUAAAACCACUUUGUAAAUACUGUACAAUUAGGUGUUCUUUAAGUUCAUUGAUUUAUUCUUUGUUUUUAUACAAUAAAUUUACAAAAUUAUUUACAAAUAA